AAGACCGCCCUGAUAAAUAAGACCGUCCGUGGUUUUACCAAUGCUUGAGCCGCUCAGGCAGUAGGCUCAGAGUAAGAGCGGGAACUGUGUGGAUGGUUCCCUAGAUUCAAGUUAAGGUCCGACUUUUCAUAGCCAUCUGAUUCGAGAAGUGUUCCGGUCCAGGCGCUAAUCUGCAUCCUGACCGUUGACACGGAUCACCCGGAGGUUGAAGCCUUAGACUUCCGGGUUGCGAUUAGGACCGCCCCUCUAAGGGCGGAUCUCCAGCGCUGAUUGGCUGUCAUGCACAUGGGCUCGCAGUGAUUAGACCGCUUGGGAGGAAGUGGUUCUGCCCAGCAGCGUCCCAAGACUAGCUGGGCCAUGGCGGUCCAGGCCCUGCGAGAGGAGUUGGACUCCAAGUGCCUACAGCUGCUCAGUGACCUGGAGGAACUGGAGGCGAAGCGGGCGGCGCUGAACGCCCGUGUGGAGGAGGGUUGGCUCUCACUUGCCAAGGCUCGUUAUGCCAUGGGAGCCAAGUCGGUAGGACCCCUGCAGUAUGCCUCGUGUAUGGAGCCUCAGGUCUGCGUGCGCGCCAGCGAGGCCCAGAAUGGACCCCAGACCUUCAGGGUGAUCAAAGCUGACGCCCAGAUCCCCGAGGAAGUGGGGCCUAGCGAAGCAUCUCUGCGCAGGCGCAAAGGCCCUACCAAGACCAAAGAGUCAGGAUCCUCUGUAGUUCCUCAAGAUCCCCUGAACUGGUUUGGAAUCUUGGUUCCUCACAGUCUGCGGCAGGCCCAAGCCAGUUUCCGGGAUGGCCUACAGCUGGCUGCAGAUAUAGCCAGCCUCCAGACUCGCAUCAGCUGGGGUCGAAGUCAGCUCCGGGGCCUCCAGAAAAAACUGAAGGAGUUGGACCCUGGGCCUGUCUGACCUGCAUCUGUCUACUUUGCGAGGCACUGAGCAUAGCCGUUGUGGAUGCUACCACCUUACCCAGGCCUUCUUUUAUAAACAGCCCAUCUCAGCUAAUGCUCCUCCUAGAAAUGUUCUUGGUCUGCAUGGUUUCCAGCUUUUCCAGGCAUGAAGUUAAUUAUAAAGUUUGAUGGAGCAAGCUGAGCAGUGUUGAGAGCAACUUGUUCUAGGCCCAUGGUCUCAUAGGGUCUUCCUUCCUGGGGCAAGACAGUGACCUAGUGAAUAACCUUGUGUCAGCCAGCUGGAAUGGUGACAGGAAAGAAAGGGAGUCUGGAAACUUAAGGCAGAUCAGGACAAUUCCAGUCAAUAAAAAUACCUCUGGCUGGGCAUGGCAGUACAUGCCUGUAGUUCCAGCAACUCUAGAGGCUGAGGCAGGAGGAUCACUUAAGCCCGGGAAUGACAGACUAGCCUAGGCAAUAGACUUUUAAAGUUGAUAGAAAAAACAGCGCACACCCACACCCACAAAUACCAGAAUAGCUAGCAGGAAGUAUUCUUUUGUUAAAGGUAAAAACAACUGGCAUUCUUUUUGGGGAAUCAAGGAGACCUUCCUGAUCACAUUUAGUUUACUGAAGUGAGACCCAGCCUCUUUGCUGAGGGUGUAUUCUCUCAUCUAGGAACUGUGUCUUGCUUCACUUUUUUUCCUGAGCUAUCAUUCCAGUUGUGUAGGGAAGGGGAGUGUAAUCAUUUGUGGGGUGUAAAUAUUUCUUCCUAAUUUGUUAACUUUGCUUAUAUUGUUUUUUUCUACUUACAAAUUGUAAAAACACAAACUUGACAGAAAAAUUGAAUAAAAUGAAACCUACA